AAUUAAUUCUGGAAGGAGGAAAAGAAAAAGAAGAGAUUAGACGAAAAAACACACAAUACACAAUGAAGGAGAAGAGCGCGACGGUGAUGGACGGCUCUGAUUUAAAGAAACUGGUGGAGAACGACAAUGUGCUCACCAAUUUCGUUGACCAUAAGUUCCAGGAAUUGGACGCCGACCGCGACGGGCAGCUGUCGGUCAAGGAGCUGCAGCCCGCCGUCGCCGACAUAGGCGCCGCCCUUGGCCUGCCGCCCAAGGGAAAUUCCUCCGAAGCCGAUCACAUUUACACUGAGGUCCUAAAUGAGUUUACGGAAAAUGGAAAAGAGAGAAAGACGAGCAAGAGCAAGUUCAAAGAGGUCCUGUCAGACAUUCUACUAGGCAUGGCCUCCGGGCUCGAACGGGACCCUGUCGUCAUCCUCCGAAUGGACGGCGACGACCUCCACGAGUUUCUCACGUGCCCUGCUUUCGAACCGGAGCUGCUCUCCAUUUAUUCGGAGAUGCAGCAGCAGGAGACUACAUUGUCCGGAACCACCCUCAAGGACUACAUCGUCAACGCCUUCGAGAAGCUCACUGUCGACCAGGGAAUGCCCCCAGCCACCGAUCCUUGGGUGAAGAAUAACCUAGUGGAGCCUUCCAUGGAAUUCCUGGAGGAUGAGGAUGUCUCGCAGGGGGCAUUCUUAGCCGGGUUCAGCCGAGCUGCGGAGAGGCUGGCGCGGCGGCUCAAGGAGCAGCCGGCUACUGUGGCUCACAGCCAGAACGUGUUCGAUGGGAGUGGAAUCAAGCGGCUGCUGUCCAACAAAGCUGAGCUGGAUCAGGCGAUGGAGUCUGCGUUGCAGCAGGUUUCUUCCAAAGAGAGACACGGGAAAGUAUCAAAGGAUUAUUUGGGCGUGGCGCUCGAUUCCUUGGCUGCUUCUGCUUCCUUACCUCCAUUGGGAGCCGUUCAUCAGAUGGAUGAUGUGAUGUUGUCGGCACUGAAAAUGGUGGAGGCGAGCGAUGGGAAAAGAGUGAAGGAGAGAGAGUUCAAGAGGUUACUAACACAAGUUCUGGGAAGCAUAAUGCUACAAUUGAAUGGCAAUCCAAUUUCGGUGUCCGUAAACUCAGUGGUGCACGAGGCACUACCGUCUUCAUCCACCCUUCUGCAACCAUAGCCCAAGUUAGAUUUGUUGUUUUGUGUAGCAACAUUAAAUUUAAAUUAUGAGAUGUUGGAUCAUGAGGUUGGAAUUGGAGGCUGUAAAAUUAUAAUGUCAAAUUAUUUGCGGCAAGGAAAUGUUUAACAUUUUAAUCGUAUAAA